CUCCGUUGGCCAUCAAUAAACAGCUAAUGUCAGUUUAUGAAAGAAGCAGCCAUUUCCCAUUUGAGAAUAGGCUAAUCUACAGUUUGUGAAUAAUUCGUUAAUGUUCUUGGGUUGAAUGAAUCCUCAAUGUAUUGAAUCAGUUCACAAAACCAUUCUGAAUAAUUUGUUGCCGGAUCAAUUUCAACUCACUGAUUCAGUGAUCCGGUAGUCUCGCGUAGCCAUCCAUGGCAGCUGUCAUUGGCCAAGGCUCACCCAUGAGGCCGUUUGGCCGACAUGUCAAACAACCAAUCACAGUUUGCUGCGUUCAGCGUCACGUUUCGGGGCGUGUAAAUGUCGCCACAAUAACAGACCAGUGUGUAAAACUCUCGGACGUACUUUUGAAAAUCCAGCGUUUAGUUGACCCUGAUAAGCGCUUCUCGUCACAGCUGUAAACAUCACGGCUUUCUUCUUUCAUUAAAGGGGUCAUCGGAUGCCCAUUACACUGUAAAAAGUGAACAAAAUUGUUUCAACAUUUUUGGGCUUAGUGGAUAUGCAGGGAGAGACAGCAGAAGCAAUUGCGACAACACUGACGGAGUUUCUUGACAGUAUUGGUCUUGAUUUCAAGAAGUGUGUCGGCAUCGGAACUGAUGGCUGUAGUGUCAUGGUUGGACGGAAAAACUCCGUUUAUACUCGCCUUCUCAAAAAGAAUGAGAAACUGCAACUGCUUAAGUGCGUGUGUCAUUCAAUUCAACUUUGUGCCAGCAAAGCCGUUGAAACACUGCCUCGCAAUCUCGAGUUUUUAAUUUCACAUUCACACAAUUGAUUUUCUCACAGUGCGCAGAGGCGCAGAGAAUAUGCCAAAAUUUACCAAUUAAUCAACCCCGGUGAAACGCCACUGAUGCUAGUGCAGCUUUCAGGCACUAGAUGGCUCUCCAUAUAUGACUGCUGUGUUCGUGUACUAAAGCAAUGGGAUGAGCUGAAGUUACAUUUUCAGCUGUGCAAAGAUGCAAAACGAUGCUAUGAUGCAGAAGUACUCUACCAGAUGUACUGUGAUCCCUUGAACAAACUGUACCUGGAGUUUCUUAUGCCCAUCUUACAUGAGUUUUCUAGAGUCAACAAAUUGUUUCAACUUGAAAAUGGGAAUGCAUUCAAAAUGCUGGACUGCCUACAGUCAUUUUUUCGUACACUUAUCUCAAGAGUAAUCACACCCAGUGCCAUUCCUCCUUCUGAUUCCAAACUCCUUGAUGUCAAUUUGAAUGACACAGCCAAUCAUCUGCCCGUGUGUGCUGUUAAUUUUGGUGUGCAGUUUUCUAUUGCUCUUGGUGAAGCAAAGCUUGACAGCACCAUCGAAACAAAUAUGAAGAACAGAUGCCGGGAUUUCCUUCUGGAAGCAGCAAAGCAGGUGCAGAAUAGGCUCCCUGCAAAUAUCAAUACCUGGAAAUCCAUGACAUCAUUCAGCCCAUCAGUGAUUCUAUCACAGAACAAACCACAGUUAGCCACAGUAUCCAUGCUGAAAAUGUACACUGGUGAUCUCGGGGCCCUGGAUGCACAGUAUCAGGCAAUCAACUUCCAGGAGUGGAAAACAAAGGAUGACUGUCAAGCAGUUCUUAACUACAAGGACAGUAGUGGGGAGCAGUGUUUUAAAGAUCUGGCCCUGUUUGCACUGUCCCUUCUUGCAAUGCCUUUGAGCAAUGCUGACGUUGAAAGGGUUUUUUCUCAAAUGAACCAUGUAAAAUCUAAACUACGGAACAGAAUGGGCCAGAAGACUCUCAGUAGCAUAUUGUGCAUUCGCUACGGCCUAAGAAGACUCGGCAUUUGCUGCAAGGACUUUGUCACGAGCCAGGAGAUGUUGCAGCGCUUCAAUGUUGGGAUGUACAGAGAUGGAGAGGAGACAGGGGAGAUGAUGGACAGUGCAGCAGAGGAGCAGGAUGACCUUCUUUUGUAAGGUGAUCGGAGAUGAGUGAAGAGUGUGUGCCCUCCCACUUUGUUGCAGUUUGCUGAUUUUUGUUCUGUUUGUUUUGUUUUUGCUUUUCAAAUAAAAGAGUGGUUUCAG